UGUCCCUGGCUCAGAAUGCCCUUGCGUGAGCUCUGCAAGCUCGGAGCGGCAGAGAGGGAAUACAGAAGAGAAGCUGGGAUACACACAGCUGCUGAGGAGAGGAUACAAAAAGCAAGACACUGCCACCAUGGAAACUGGAAGCCCGAGGAAGAUACAGUUCACCGUCCCCCUACUGGACACUCACCUGGACCCCGAGGCAGCUGAACAAAUCAGGAGACGCAGACCCACGCCGGCCACUUUAGUGGCAUCGAGUGAUCAGUCAUCACCAGAAAUAGAUGAAGACCGACUCCCAAACCAGUUGUAUAAGGCAGCGUUGUUGAACUCUCCUCGACAACGGCGAAAAGGGCAAAAAGGAACGCCUACAAUGAAAGAGCUGCAGUUCCUGGUAGAGCACCACCUGUACCGGCAGCAGCAGGGAGCAGGGGAUGAAUGCUCCUCGGAGAGCUGCUUGUCAGACAGGCCGAGCCCCGACUCCGUUCCCACCGGAGAGGAGCUCCCAGAUGAUGAUGAGGCCACCGCCGAGGCCUUUGAAAAACUGCGCUGCCAAAUGGAGGAGUUCUCCAGGGAGAGCCUAUUAGACGAGGCCGCUGGACUCAAGUGCCCCCUUCCGAGAGAGAAACAAGAUUGUUCCGAUGUCGCCAAUGUACCCGAUCCCUCAUCAACACAAAGGAGCACACAAAAAGACACCAAAGCAGGAGCAGCCAGUGCCAGCCAGCCGUCAGAAACGUCAAAGACUUGCAGCCUGGAGAAAGACAAAUAGAGCAGAGCUCUGUGCGGCAGGAGGAUGUUCACAGUCUGCGCCGUCAGUCCAACUAAACGCUGACUCAAGAUUGUGUCUGCAGAUUCACUUGAUAGAAACGUCAGGGCAUCUUUAUUCCUCUACAGUCAGGCCUUAGUUUCCACUUUAAGAACAACAACGUCUUUAUUUUCUUGGGGGUAAAAAUUCUGAAUGAAGGGACAGUUCCUUAAAUAUAUUUAUUUGUUUGUUUGUUAUCGAAAGCUAGCCUAGCGAGUAUGAACCUGGAAUAGAGUUAUUUGUUGUGAGUCGUCCAUAAUCACAAACUUCCGUAAAAAACAUGCUUAUCAUCCCAUCCCAGUCAUCACUGCAGUUAAACUACUACUGAUCCCUGUAUGCCGUUUUUAUGUUUGAACUACGGUGGCCCUGAGGGGCAAAUCACAUCAACAAAUCACUUGAUGCAGAAACAUUUAAAGAUCACUACGAUUAUUUAAAAAGCAAAACAGUUUACAGAAACCAAAAUGAUAUUCACUUUCACUUGAAAUGAUUGACUAACAUCAUCAUCAUCCAAUCAGAGAUGUCUCACAGUCUAUGCCUUUUCCGGAUUCUCGUGUUUUGCUUUUUAACAUUUCAUUUUGUUUCCUGGCAAUUACUUUUUUUUUUUACAAAUUUUUUUUUUUUUUUUUUUUUACAUUUUGA